AUGUCUGCAUCUCAAUCAGCUGUUUCAACUUCAUCGGGUGUAGGACGACAUGAAUUGCCAUCCUUGGAGAACUUGCCAGAAAUUACGACGAGGAUGACAACUGUAUGCCUUGUGUCGAGCCCAUCCAGUAUCUACAGCUCGGAUGAAAUGGAAGAACUCGAGAAUGAUCAAUCCAGCGGCGUAUCAGGGGCGAGCAGUAUGCCUGGCACACCUGGUCUUACAUGGGACUCAGCACCUAGUACCAGUGAACUUCCUGCAGAGGGGCUUAAAUCCGUUUUUGAAGACUGGGACGACCCUGAGAUACCCAGCUCCGCUGUAUACGUGGACGAAGACGGCAGCCAAGUCCUGCUACUUACUCCACAAAGCACAUUCUUUCAACCACCACCCACGCCUCCACCUUUCGGGCAUGCACCUUUCUCGAAUGGAAUAUUCCCUGAUAACGAUAUAGCAAUGGCAGAACAAGUGAUAACUCUGUCCGCCCUGUCUGAUAGCGAUGUUCCCCGUACCCCGGAUACGUUUGAAAACGCAGAAGAUGGUGCAAUGUCAGGAAACGGGCGUAUUCUGUUCGUGGAUACGACUUAUACCUCUUACAACACUGAAUGGUCGGCCUCCGUAUUUUUCCCUCCAAAGUUAGCAGAAGAGGCUGCAUCAUGGACACCACAUGAUUUUGUGGGCGGUCCAGAUGUACCGUUGGACUGCAUUCACUCAGCUGGAGAUAUCAGCCCGGUUGAGCGAUGGGAUGAGGUAUGUGUUGUUUCCAAGGAUAUGAUACCUGGAACUGGAGAGCUGAUAUAG